AGUGUGUGAACAAAACGUACGUGUAUGUUAUAUUUAUAGAAUCUACACUGGAGUACGGCUAACGGAAAUUAAAGUUGAAGAAUUUAAAAGUGAUGUUGAUAUCCUGACAUGGACCUUUCUUUACACAAUGUCAAGUGAUCCCAGCAAUCCGUCCGAUGUCGCCCUAAGGUUAUAUCAUGCGCUUGAAGAGGACGAACGAGGCGAGCUUACACAACUUCUUAAAUCUGGAGCUGACGUUCAUUACAAAUAUUUUGGAGAAAAAUCCUUGUUGCACAUUUGCUGUGAAAAAGAUCGACUGGAAUGCGCAAAGAUUUUGAUAGAAUAUGGCGCCAACGUCCAAGCUCAGGACGAAUGGAAUAUGACACCGCUUAUGUACUGUAUGGUUCGUCAGUUAAAUGACAUCGCUGAAGAACUCUUGUCACGUGAUCCCGCCGCUGUCCAAUCACAAGACAGAUUUGGCAAGGCUUCAAUUCACAGUGCAGUUGAAUCUGGUUCACUGGAACUCUUGAGUCUUUUGUUGUCUUAUGGCGCCUCAGCCGAUCAAACCGACUGGUUUGGAAUUACACCUCUGAUGUCAGUGUGCUCGCGACCUGGAAUCAGUAAUAGUGUGGCGCUAUGUGAAAUGCUUUUAGAAGCCGGUGCAGACGUUAAUUUGAAGGAUCUGAGAAGCCGAAGAACAGCUUUACAGUUUGCCGCCUUCAAUAAGCUACCAUCUCUCGUGGAAGUGUUACUUCAAGCGGGGGCAGACCCAAAUACCCAAGACACGGCCUCCCGAACUCCUCUCACUAACCUCAUAUUCCAGUCCUUCCGCCUUCAGAACGCCAGCUGUGACGUAGAUGAUGACCUCAUGACCAUCGUCAUCAUGCUAACACAAUCUGGAGCUGAUCUCAACAUGAAUCAUCGCGAAAAUGCGAACCCAGUGUGUAUGGCAGCAGCGUACAGAGUAGAGGCUUUAAUCCGUUUCUUUAUGGAUUGUGGCGCUGACCCUAAUAUCAGAUUUCCGCUGGAUGUGACGUCAUUAUUGGUAGCUGUUAAAAAGGGAGAUGCAGGAUGUGUCCGUGCCUUACUACAGUGGAACGCCCGGACGGACAUCCGUGGAAGAGUGUACCGGACAGCGGACACCCAGUAUUGGGUGGACCCAAUGGAACUAGCAGUGGACUUAGGAUGCUGGGACAUUGUCCCGCUCCUGUAUUCAGCUGGCUACAACAUCAGUAGAUUGCCUUAUCUUCACGAAGGUGCCAUGGACUCAGAACUUCCUGAAUCGCUUUUAGGGAAUACUGAAAUGAUGAGCUGGUUGUUGUUUCUCGCAAGCUCACCAAAACCACUCUUUCAUUUGACGGUAUUGUCUUUGUGGCGAAUUUUGGACAGAAAUUUUAGAGAAAAGAUUUCUGAUCUCCCUCUUCCAAAGACGAUAAAACAACUGAUGAAUCCUGAUUUUGUUAUUGGUUGAAGAAUAACUCAUAACAUGGAUACGACUUUUCAAACCAAUUGUCACUGUGUACAUACCAGUCUGAGGAAAUAGGGCGAUGAUGAUUGGGGAGAAGAGAGAUAAACCAUGGUUUUCUAACAGCACUAGUUGAUAUUUUAUCAUCACCAGGAGUUGCCUUCCUCAGUCUCACUAGUUUUUCAAACACUCAAACACAGUGCUAGUGGUCGCCUUACGUGUUCAGAAAAAAUAUGUAUUGUUUGACAUAAGUGGUCGUAGUUUGACUAUGGAAUGUACGUGAAAUUUAAACAUAAAAAUACAUCAUAAAGUUUGUGUGUAUGCUAUUGUUUGAACAUCAUUGUGACAAUACAUAUAAAAUUCAGGUAGAGGAGAGUUAAUGUGUUUAUACAAGAGUUUAUAAUCAAACAAUAUUGAUAUAUGAAAAAAAAUAUGAUUUAAAAAAGAACAAGAAAAUACUAACAUGUCAACACAAUCAUAAUCCAAACUUAUAUUCAAUAAACCUAGGGCAAAAUAUGAACAAAAGAAAGAUUUAUACGGAAACUUCUGAAGACGCACAAGGAGAAUAAGACCAGGCAUUUAGGAAGAGUAAGCGUCUUCUGCUUCAUCAAUGACAUCUCGAAUGAGAACACAAGAUCAUACAACAACGGAACAAACAUGAAAGCUAAUGGAAGAUAAGUUCAUGUUGGAGUUUGCGAGCCUAAAAACACCCAUUGUAUUAAUGUCUAUAAUUUGCACCACCUUUAACCCAGUUAUCGAUAUAUGUAAUGCAGCAUGGUUUCCAUGAAAACUAUGCCUUUAUGACAUAUCUCGACAUGAAUACACAAAUACAGAUGAUGUAUCAUUAAAGAGCUACUGACAAGAUCACUGACAGGUUUCAACAGAUUGCUUUUAUAAGUUCUCUACUUUGAAACUCCACACUUACACAUCAGCUUUAUUUUGAUACAACUGAAGUACAAAACGACAUAUGAUUACAAAAUGACAUUUGUUAUGAACGCACAGUUCGUUCUAUUAAAGUGACGCACCCUCACCUGAAUCGUACAAUACGUUUGACAACACAUUUAUGCUUAUAAAACAAUAUACUCAUUUUCAUCAAAUAUGUCUCUUUAAUUGUUUAUUGUGUUGGAUUUGAUGAGCUGUUUCAUCAGUUUUGGCUAAACCAUGCACUAAUUGACCUGUGAUUGAUAAUAUACCACAUAAUUAUGUGUUAUAAGUGUCUGUAAGAAACUUUUACUGAUAUUUAAAGAAAUGAAAUUAUUGAUUUUCGGGAUUCAUUUUACAAGAAAUCUGACUCUCAUGACGCAUGUUUUAUUUCAUUUAAUAAUAAAAUAUGAUAAUAAAGUAAACUUUUGGA